ACACGACUCAAGCCAAUGGUGCCUCGUUUUACAGAUUUUUUUUUUUUCGUCGUUGGAGACAAGAACGCAAGGGAAUGUUUUCAAAACCAGCUAAAGCAGGAAGGGGAAGACAUACUGUGGUGGUUGGGGGGUUCGUUUGACUGUUACAUUUUAAACACUAGAUUGACACUGUUGUGUUUGGUUGUAGCGGCGAGCCUGGAGAAACGCGCGGGAGCCGAAAGAGCAUUCGUAGAGGAGCAUGAUGAAAACUUUGGUAUUCAUAUGUUGCAGCUAGUUAAAAGCUGUACAAUGGCCAAACCUGGGAUUGAUAGAGAGAGCACCAUGGUUGAAAAGCAAUCUGUAAAGAAGGGCAAGGAAAAGGUUUCAGCUUUCAGUAAGACACCAAAGUUGGACAGAAGUGAGCUUUUAGGAAAAGAAAUGAAACAAAAAUCUUCAAUGAAACGUAAACUUCCUUUUACUGUUAGUCCAACCAGGAAUGAAGACAAGGACUCUGAUACAGAUUCAGAUCCAGGACACACAAAUGAAACAUGGGGAGAAAGAUUAAUCCCUCCUUGCAGGACUUAUUCAGAAAAAGAUGGACCAGAAAAGAAGAAAGUUAAGAAGGAAGCUGGAGGCAAAAAAUCAACACCUGUUAACAUUCUUUUUGGUUAUCCACUAUCAGAACGCAAGCAGAUGGCACUUCUCAUGCAAAUGACUGCACGGGAUAACAGUCCAGACUCUACCCCUAAUCACCCAACUCCAACAACACCAGUUCAGAAAAAGAUCCCUAGUACAUCCUCUCGACAGAAAGACAAGGUGAACAAAAGAAAUGAAAGAGGAGAAACUCCAUUACACAUGGCAGCAAUUCGAGGAGAUGUAAAACAAGUUAAAGAAUUAAUCAGCUUGGGUGCCGAUGUAAAUGUAAAAGAUUUUGCGGGCUGGACUCCACUACAUGAAGCAUGUAACAUGGGAUAUUAUGAAGUGGCUAAAGUUUUAAUAGCUGCAGGAGCUGAAGUGAACACGCAGGGUUUAGACAAUGAUACACCAUUGCAUGAUGCUUCAAGCAGUGGACACAAAGAUAUUGUCAAGUUACUUUUGCGUCAUAGGGGGGAUCCUUUCCAAGCUAAUAACCGUGGAGAACGACCCGUGGAUGUAGCAGAGACUGAAGAAUUAGAGCAGUUGUUAAAAGGUGAAAUACCUUUGUCUGAAGAUGACAGCUCUUCAGAUUCUGAAGAUCCAUCGUCUGUAAAUCCAUCCAGUGUGGAUGAUAAUAUAGAAGAUUCUGAUGGUGAAAAGGACAUCAAUAAUAAGCUUGUAACACCAGACAAGCCUAUAGUCACUGGUUUAGAUGAAUAUGAGUUCAAAGAUGAUGAUGAUGAUGAAGAGGAAGACUUGAACAAAGCAUUAAAUGAUAGACAUCUCCUCAGAAGAGAACUGAGGCAACGUGAGAGAGAGCAAAAGGGAAGGAACCAUUAUAUUGCAAAGUCGUUAAGGACAGAUCAGCAUAACAUUUGUAAAUCAAAGAAGCAUAAACCGUCACGAAUUCUAUUCUGUGAUAAUGAGAGCUCUGAUGAGGAGGAGAGAAAAGUAACCUCCCCUUCAUCAUCUAUUCCAACUACAGCUGAUGGUUAUAAAACAGACCUAAGGACUAAAAAAGAUUUCCCAAUUGCAGCGGAGCAUAAAGAGAAAAGUAAAGUAAAGAGAAAAUUUAAAAAUCAAAGUAAAAAUAAGGAAAAUCAAGAACUUAAGGAUGAUGGCAAGGAAAAUACUAAGUUGUCAUUUUUUCCUUCUUUGGUUGCCCUUGAAACCUCAUCUGAAAGAUCAAAAGAAGAAGAUACCUUUAAAAUGUCAUUUAGCCCAAAAGAUGAUACUUCUGUCCAUCUUUUUCACCUUCCUUCAGUAAAAUCUCCUAAAAUUAACCAUAACAUAACUGAGAAACAGACAGUGCCUCUUAAACAAGAAAAUACUAAAACAUGCUUUUCUCCUAGUGCAACUGAAAUGUCUCUAUCUUUAGAAGUUGUUCAUUAUGAUCAUUAUAUUGAUGCAGAUACCAGCACAGAAAGCUCAAGCAGCAAAAGCUUCAAGCAUAAAGAGAAAAGCAAGCACCAUCACAAGGAUAUAAGCAUCAUUGCAGAGGAUACGAAUUUGAGUCCCAAGAAGGAUGACGAUCAAGUAACAUUCUUUGAUAGUUCUGAAGGCGUAUUGCGAAAGGCGGACAGAGAUGGGAAAAUAAUCAAAAAACAUAAGUUAAAACACAAGGAAAAGGGGAAAGAAAAAAGCAAAAAGGAUCAUGAAGUGGAAAAGGAUAAGCAUAGACCACGUGAAAGCAGUAAAGAUCUGCCAAGAAAUUUGGAGUUUGAUAGGGAGUUCUGGAAAGAAAACUUCUUUAAAAGUGAUGAAAAUGAUGAACCACUUCAAAUCAAAAAUGAAAUCGGCCAGACUUGUGCCAUGGAAAAGUUGUCAGAUAAAACAGCUAAAGAAGAAAAGGUUACAAAAGAGAAACACUUAAAUAAAGACAAGAGAGUUAAAGAGGAUCGUGACAAGGAAAAAUUGAAAAGGGACAAGAGGGAAAACCUUUUCAAAGAUGACAAAGAGGACAGAAAUGACAAACCCGCUCGAGAUAGGGAAACUGAGGAAAUAUCACAUGGCUUUAGUCUUAUGAAAGAUGAACAAGAGCAGCAUGUUAUCACAGACAGGGACAUGAAUAAUGAUCAAGAGCUUGACUCAAAAGCAACUAAAGAAAGAAAUGAAAAGAAGUCACCUGUCAAAGAAAAGGAUUCAGAAAAACUGGAUAAGAAACAGUCUGAAAAAGACAGAAAAAAUAAAGGUGACCACAAUACCUUUGAAAAAAAUGAAUGCUGUGAUUCUUCAGAAAAAUUAAAGGAUAGAGACAAAAGCAUUUUCUCCUGUUAUGGAGAAAAAUGUAAGGAAGGUGAGAAGCCAAAAACUGUUCUGUCUAUCAAAAAACAAGAGGAAAAUAAGAAGAAUAAGGAGAAACUGGAGAGAAAGCAUGAUAAGGAAAAGACAGAGAGAGAGCGCUUUUUGGUUGAGAGCAAGGAUAAAGAUAAGAAUAUUUUUGAGAAGAAAUCAAAGCUAACAGAUCGAGGAUGUGAGAUAAGCAAAUAUGAUCGCAUGAAAGAAAAAGAACAUGACAAAAAGAAAAAGGACAAAAUCAGAGAUCUUUCAUCUACAGUAUAUCCAAAAGUAAGUUUGGAGGAAAAGAAGAACAUUGUAACAGAAUGCAACAAGGCAUGCCAUGAAAAAGCAUUGCCAUUAAAGGAAAAACCAAAAGAUGAAGCAGUCAAAAUCUCUGAGAAAGACAGAAAGGAAAAGGAUAGAGAAAUUGACCGUUACAAAGAGAGGGACAAGCACAAGGAUAAGACUCAAAUAGUCAAACCCAAUAAAGUAAAAACAAAUGAAUCAGAAGUUGAUAAGCUGAAGCUUAAACCAUCUCCAGUUGCCAAAGAUAUGAGACCAAAGGAAAAGCGACUUGUAAACGAUGAUCUAAUGCAGACCAGUUUUGAGAGGAUGCUGAGUCUUAAAGAUUUAGAAAUUGAGCAGUGGCACAGAAAACAUAAGGAAAAAAUAAAACAGAAGGAAAGAGACAGAAUGAGACAUAGACCUGGGGUGGAGGUUAACAAACAAAAAAUUAAGGAUAGACCAAAAAGCUCCCCUUCUGAAACAUUCAAUAAUAAGGAGCUGUUUUGGUCUAAAAGUACAGAUGGCUCUGAGACUCACAAUAAUAGAGAAAAAGUACUAAAAGAUGCCACAAGCACUAGGUCUUAUUCUUUAGAUGCAAAAUGUUUGCUAAGUACUGGAAAAGCUAAUCUAGGCACAGACUGCAACUUGACUCGUUCUCCCAGGCCUGACAAUGAAAAAUCUAAUUUGAUUUCAAGAUCCGUUUCCAUGACUUCCAUGACAAGCUCAGAAGAUUCUUGCCAAAUAGCAACAACAGUACCCCGGCCAGGGGCAGAUAUUGAUUCCGACUUUGCAUUUGAGGCUUCAGAUGUACCACUGGCUUCAUCACAGCCAUCUUAUUUUAAUGCUGGUAAAUCGCCUGCCAUUAAUGAAAAAGAAAAUGAAAGUGGUAUACUUGAACUUUCACAGGAAGGGAAGUCAAUGGUGUCUAGUACACAACAGACAACAUGUGUAAGGCUGACUUCAGCAGAUGAUAGUAAGUUAUCUGUAAUCAGCAGCCCUCUGAGAGGUGAAGAUCAAAAGCAAGCCAUAUGGACAUAUUCUGAUAAUGAACACAAAUGUACAGAAAGAACUAUAGCACCAGUACAUGAAAGUCAAGACAAUCAGACUAGUGUACAUGCAAUUAAUUGUAAUACUGCAGCAGACAAAGAAGAAGGAAGUACAUACAUAGAUGAUUUUACUUCUCACUCUUCACUACAUGUUCCCCAACCUGUUUUACAGACCAGUCAUACCCAAACAUCAACAGAUUUUGCAUCACUACAAAGUGAAAAUCUCAAGGAAGUCUCUUGUUGUGAAUCUGAAAAUAACCAAAAUGCUGGAAUAAAAUUACAAAAGAUGUGUAGAGUAGAUCUGCAGCCUAUGACAGAAGCAAUCAGCCUGCCUUUACAAAGUGUCUUGAUUGAGAAGCCAAAUGAUAUGCUUUCCAGUGACCACAUAAAGCAGGAAAACAUUAGUUCAGUGUCAUUGAAGGAGUCUGAAAUUAAAUUAUCUCAUCCUGCAGUCCUGCAAACAAAGGUGCAGCAUGGAAAUUGCAUUGACCACCUGGAAUUUCAGCCAAGCUCCUGUGAGGAAAGACCAGAAUUGUUGGAAGAUGGCUAUACAUCCCCUCAGCUAGUUAUAAAAGACCAAUUUUGUGUCAAGAUAAGUGAAAGGAUUUCUUUAAGUCCAAAUGAAAGAACUGAAGACCAAAACACAGAACUUGGUUCCCCUGCCAAACCUGAUACUGUUAAAUUAGAAUGUUGUGACUCACAACAGUUAAUUUGUCCUAUGCAGGAAUCUGUCAAAACUGUUAUUGAAAGUUCUUCAAGUAAAACUGUGGCUAACAAUAUUUUAAAAAGUGAUGUUGAGGUAAAAUCUGAUACAUACAGCCAUACUGGAAUUAUAUCGUCUAAUUUUGAAGCAAACGUUGAAAUGGACGCUAGCAGCACAAAUGCACAACACACUGAUAAAUCGAGUGCUGCUAAGAUUUCAGCUGCUUUAGAAAACAGUUCUGAUUUGGAUAAAAGGGCAAAAACAGUUUUAGAAAACACUGAAUUCCUCAGCAAGAAUAAUUUAGAAGAGUUGUCCCUUGAAGAAGGAACUGUCAAUAUGCUCUCUGAUACAACUAGUCCAAUGCAAACGGUGGCAGAAAUAAAGACCGAAGCAGUUGAAUUCGCCUCAGAAGAAACAGGACAUGAUGAUAAGCUAGAACAGGAUAUUUCUCAUAGAGUCACCAGGACCCGUGCAAAUUCACAAGCAAGCCAAUUAAAAUGUACUUCUGCUCAAGAUUCAGACUCUUCUGCAUCUGUUAAAACAAAAAAUAAAUUAACAGAUGAGGAGGAGAUUCAAGUGCACCAUCCCAGAAAGCGAAAGAUGCCAAGAGUGCCUCAGCCUGUACAAGUUAAUCCCUCUCUGCAGCAGGCUAAAGAAAAAACACAGCAGUCCCUCGCUGCUAUUGUGGAUUCUCUAAAGCUGGAAGAUAUUGAGCCUUACCAGACAGACAGAGCAAACCCUUACUAUGAAUUUCUGCACAUCCGAAAGAAAAUUGAAGAAAAGAGAAAAGUAUUAUGUAGUGUUAUUCCACAAGCACCACAGUAUUAUGACGAAUAUGUAACAUUUAAUGGAUCGUAUCUUCUAGAUGGAAAUCCAUUGAGCAAGCUCUGUAUUCCAACUAUAACACCACCUCCUUCGUUGUUAGAACCAUUAAAGGAACUAUUCAAACAGCAAGAAUUGGUGAGAAUGAAGCUUCGUUUACAACACAGUAUUGAGCGGGAUAAACUUACUGUAUCCAAUGAGCAAGAAGUUCUUCGUGUCCAUUACCGAGCUGCUAGAACACUGGCUAAUCAGACACUUCCAUUCAGUGCAUGUACUGUUCUCUUGGAUGCUGAAGUUUACAAUAUGCCACAGGAUUCACAGACUGAUGACAACAAGACAUCUGUUAGAGAUCGUUUCAAUGCUCGGCAGUUUAUGUCAUGGUUGCAAGAUGUUGAUGACAAAUUUGACAAACUUAAGACUUGCCUUCUUAUGAGGCAGCAGCAUGAAGCUGCUGCUCUGAAUGCUGUGCAGAGACUGGAAUGGCAACUCAAAUUACAAGAACUUGACCCUGCAACAUAUAAAUCUAUUAGUAUUUUUGAGAUUCCAGAAUUUUAUGUUCCACUAGUUGAUGUCAAUGACGACUUUGAGUUGACACCUAUAUGAUAAUGGGAGCCCUACAGAGUGGAGCAUAUUGUUAAAUAGCAGGACAACAGACACCACUGUGAUGGAAAAGUUGCAGGAAAACUACCCAACUCAUCAUACCGGAGCCCUUACCACACCCUGCACUAUUGCAAGCAAAAUGAGUUUACAGUCCGUGAGCUCCAAGAGUAAGGUUCAUGUUUUAAGCAUCAAUCUUUGUUUUUACCUAAUGGUAAAAAAAAAAAAA